AUGAAGUUAGUGCGUUUCUUAAUGAAGUUAAAGGGUCAAACCGUUACAAUCGAAUUAAAGAAUGGAACUUAGAUUAUCGGAUCAAUUAUUGCUGUUGAUAUUAGAAUGAAUACACAUUUAUCAAAAGUAAAAAUGACUAUAAAAGGCAAGAAUCCUGUAAGUUUAGACCACUUGACAAUCAGAGGUAACAACAUCCGUUACUUCUAGUUGCCUGAUGCUCUUCCUUUAGAUACUCUCUUAGUAGACGAUUAGCCCAAAAUCCAAAAGCGUCAACAAAAUCAAAAGGACGCUAGAAAGGGAGGCAAAAAGGUUAAAAGAGCUCCUGCUAGAAGAUGA